UCUCCCCUUAAAGCGACACUCCGGCUUAAUUAAUUAGACUGGAGGAGGGAGAGGGGCGGAGACGCAGUCGUGGAUGCAGAUGAAGCAGUGGGACUGGCAUCCGCUGGUCACCUCCAUCUCCCCCUGGAUGCCCCGGGUGGUCCCUUGGUUUUUACUGCCUGGAGGUUACGAAACUGGCUGAAACGCGAUCCUGCGCACCAGCAUCGCCGCGUCCGCGAUCCCCCCUCCUCCCUCCUCCGCCCCCGGAUUCACGGAGUGCCGGUGCGUCACGCUCCUGCGUCGUUUUUUUUCCCCCCGCAGCCUCUACCUCCUCGCUCAUAUUUACGUUAAUGAGUCUCCUCGCGCGCGUUUCGCUCCGGCGCCUCACUCCUAUGGAUUGCGCGGGCGCCGUAGCCUCCGUCGAACGCGUCGCUAAAUCCACGGCCCUUCGUGUUUCCGCGCUUCCGUUUGCCGCCCGCGCGUCUCCGCUGCCGCGCCGCCUCCCCUCCGGGCGAUGACCGCCCGUAGGUGAAACUCUGCGUCCGCGCGUGUCUGCCGCUGAUGCGGUGCGCCUGGCCGCUCGCCGCCCCCUCCCGCACGGCCGGCCGCCCUCUGGCGCGGGUCUGCUUCCCGCACAGGGGCAGGAUGGUGCGGAUCGCCAGCGCGCUGGGGCUCGUCAUGUUCAGCGUGGCGCUGCUCAUCCUGUCGCUCAUCAGCUACGUGUCCAUCAAGAAGGACUUCCUGCUCAGCGCCCCCAGAUACGGACCCAACGGAGGACCCAGGAUGUACAUGUUCCACGCGGGCUUUCGCGAGAGGCCGCCUCGCAAACCUGACCUGAGCUCCCAGCUGGCCAUGAAGUAUCUGGAUCCCGCCUUCACGUCUCUUAGCAGCGAACUCACUGCAGACCUGCGGAACGCGUCCGUGUGGAGGUACAACAGCUCGGCUUUUGUCGAGCUCAGGAAGGACAUCUCCCAGUACAUCGACGUCGCCCACAACUUCACCCUGACGCGAGACUCGGUCCGAAUCGGACAGCUGAUGCACUACGACUACUCCAGCCACAAGUACGUGUUCUCCAUAGGGGAGAACUUUCGCUCUCUCCUCCCCGAGGUCUCGCCCAUCCUCAACAAACACUACAACGCGUGCGCCGUGGUCGGCAACAGCGGCAUCCUCACCGGCUCGCGCUGCGGGCCGCAGAUCGAGAAGUUCGACUUCGUCUUCCGCUGCAACUUCGCCCCGACGGAGGUUUUCAGGAAGGACGUCGGGAGGCGGACCAACAUGACCACGUUCAACCCCAGCAUCCUGGAGAAAUACUACAACAACCUACUCACUGUGCAGGACAGGAACAACUUCUUCCUGAGUCUGAAGAAGCUGGACGGUGCCAUCCUGUGGAUCCCGGCCUUUUUCUUCCACACCUCGGCCACGGUCACCAGAACGUUGGUGGAUUUCUUCGUGGAGCACAGAGAUCAGCUCAACGUCCAGCUGGCCUGGCCCGGAAACAUCAUGCAGUACAUUAACAACUACUGGAAAACCAAGCAGCUGUCACCAAAGCGCCUCAGCACCGGGAUCCUGAUGUACACGCUGGCGUCUUCCGUGUGUGACCAGGUGCACCUCUACGGCUUCUGGCCCUUCGGCUGGGACCCCAACACGGGCAAGGAGCUGCCGUACCACUACUUCGACAAGAAGGGCACCAAGUUCACCACCAAGUGGCAGGAGUCCCAUCAGCUGCCCGCCGAGUUCAAGCUGCUGUAUAAGAUGCACACGGAGGGGCUGCUGAAGCUCAGCCUCUCGCACUGCGCUUAGGCCAGCGCUGCCGGGGCGCCCACGGGCCAAGGCAGGGCUCCAGCUGUGAGCUCCCAGAGCAGAGGCCCAUAAUCAUAACUGUUACAGCUUAAGGAACAAGUCCUGUUGACUGACACGGACGCUCAGCACACAAAUAGGAAAUAAGACGCGCGUUGUCUCAUUUUGUCUUGUGUUAUGCAGAGUUUUGGUGGAUCGGACUCUUCUGGACUAAAGUAAGACACUCACCAAAGCAGGCCUUGGUUUUCUUUCAUGCUGUGUUGUCUGGUCACCUUGUAAUGGACACACACGCUACCUGCAGCAUCCUGACCCGCCUGUCGCCGCGGCCACCGUUAUGUUUGCUGUUUGAUCCCAUUGUGGAGCAAAAACGCGGGGCGAGAUCUGCAAAACGACGACACCCUGCAGCUUCACGCGUUCACUCACGUCUAAGGAAAUUAAAAGCUGAUAAACGCUCAGUGACAGAGGAUGCUUGAUAUUAUAUUAGCUGUGUCAUUAAAGCAUUAACACACACAGACAAGCUUCAGUCAGUAAAAGCACACAGCUUUAGUGGAGGUAGUGGAGCUGCUGGUUUGGGAGAUGAACGGUUAAAUGCAGGUGAGAUACAUAAGCAGAACAUAGAGGAGGCCACAGCGUUGGUGACAGACUCAGUGCAGAUGAGCUAAAGUACAGCCUUCAGUUCAUGCUAAAGGUGCUAAUGCUGCACUGGAACUGACACCGUGUCCACAGAGUCAGCAAAGAGUUGGGAAGAUUCCUUUAGUUGAGUGACGUUUGCAGGUUCAUUUAAUGCAUCUGUCAUUUGUGACUGAUUUUAUUGAGGACCCAGGAGGAUGAGUAACGCCGAGGGAACCUCACACAGGGAACAUAAAUGUUUAGAACUUCUUCGUCACUACAUUAUAAAAUAAUUAUAUAGAUAUUUUAGCCUUGCAUUGGUCAGUUACUGCUGCAAACUGUGUCUGAGUGUUGUCUUGGUGCUGCACCAUGGGACUGGAAGUUGAAACAAGCUCGUGACUGUUGUAUUUCCACAUCAGUCGUUUUGGGUCAGUUAAUGUAUCGGUUCCUGCUCAGCGCCGUUCCACCGUAGCAGCUGAGUGACUCACGGGAGAAGGUGCGACCCGUUCGUCUGACAAAGCAACUGUGACGUCAUCAACCGUUACGAUGCAUCUAAAACUCUACGUUCAUGGAGGUUUUUCUACCUGUGGUUUGGAAUAAACACUAACAUCAUCAUCAUCAACAUCAACAUCAUUUGAGCUUCAAAUCCAUCACUCUCAUUUCAACCCUGACUUGUUAACAAGCAAUAGAUGAUACACAUGUUAGAAAAGCCUCAUGGUCCCAUGUGCCAGAAUUUUAACAAAAGCUUUUAAUUUGAAAGGAUUUAAAAUUUUAUGAUAUGUUAGCAUGUGAAUGUUUAGUUUAACACGAACAAAGUCUGAGAGUGAAGUCGGGUCUGCUGCAGUAACAACUGUACAUUAGCGCUGCAUGAAACCUACUCAAGGUUAGAAAGGGAGGAUUCAAAGAUAAUUAGUAAAGAACAUGUGAACGCAGACGUUCUUUGACCCCAGAUAUUUAACAGUAGUUGCAUCUGUCAUUCUCUCAUUUAAUAUCCGUAUCUAGUUUUUUAUCAAGCAUCAUUUGAGCAGAUUGACUGGAGCAGGUGGAGCAGCCUGUGAGCUCACGCGUUCAUGUGUCCUGUGUGUUUAGCUUUCCAGGUUUUUGUAGUUGAUCGCGGUGCAGUGAGCCAGGCUCCUUAACAGACUCAGACUGUUACUGUAACCAGGAGUGUGUGAGUUACGGGGCUGGAUGAUUUUUUGAAUGUGAACUGUAACGUCUGCUGUGUCCUUGUUUCUCUUCCGUUUGUCAGGGAGUCGCCUGAAACAAGAGAUUUUUGUAUCUGUUCUAUUGGUUUAUCGUCUUACACUUCUUUCUAAAACUUGAAACAUGAUAUUUUCAGGACUGACAUAAAGAUUGUUGCCAUGGCAAUGAUGAGGUGUGUAACAGUGAUGUUGUUGUGUGACAUGAACAAAUGACACAUGUUCUCUUCUUUUUUUCCACCUUACAUUGUUUGAUUGAAUAUCAGUCAUAUCAGUUUAUCAAGAAUGUAUUUUUGCAUUUUGAAGGAUGACUCUAUUCAUAUUCUGUCUAUUAAUAUAUAGUAAAACUACAAUAUCACAAACAUUAUGCUGUAAAUGCAAAAUCCAGUACUUUAAAUAAAACAAAUAUUCUCUUUACUGUUUUAUCAUUUAAAUAAAUUAAUAAAAUUGUGAAACUGA